GCGUCCAAUUUGCAAGUGAGGCAGUGUCAAGGCGGAUUUUGAUCGCAGCCUCUUGAGGCGUUCUAGGAUUUGCCUCUUCUUCGUCUCGGCUCGAUUCGAUUCGAUUUGAUUCGUGUAGGGGAGUGGACGGCAAGAUGGUGAUCCAGAUGCAGCCGUACGGGAUCCAGGCGAUGCUCAAGGAAGGGCACAAGCACUUGUCGGGGCUCGACGAGGCGGUGCUCAAGAACAUCGAUGCUUGCAAGCAGCUCUCAGUCAUCACUCGCACCUCCCUCGGCCCCAAUGGCAUGAAUAAAAUGGUUAUCAAUCAUCUGGACAAGCGCUUUGUAACAAAUGAUGCUGCCACUAUUGUGAAUGAGCUUGAGGUCCAGCAUCCUGCUGCCAAGAUUUUGGUGCUGGCAGGAAAGGCCCAACAGGAGGAGAUUGGUGAUGGAGCUAAUCUUGCUAUUUCCUUUGCUGGUGAACUCCUUCAAAAUGCUGAGGAGCUUAUCAGGAUGGGGCUGCAUCCCAGUGAAAUAAUUAGUGGCUAUACAAAAGCAAUCAACAAGACCGUGGAACUAUUAGAUGAGUUGGUUGAAAAAGGAUCAGAAACCAUGGAUGUGAGAAACAAAGAUGAAGUUGUUUCUCGAAUGAAAGCGGCUGUUGCUAGCAAGCAGUUUGGGCAAGAGGGUACUUUGUGUCCUCUUAUUGCUGAUGCAUGCAUCCAAGUCUGUCCAAAAAAUCCAGCAAACUUUAAUGUAGAUAAUGUUCGAGUUGCAAAGCUGCUUGGAGGUGGCUUGCACAAUUGUACGGUUGUUCGCGGUAUGGUCCUAAAAAAUGAUGCCAUCGGAAGUAUAAAGAGAAUGGAAAAGGCAAAGAUUGUGGUGUUUGCUGGAGGUGUUGAUUCAUCUGCAACUGAAACAAAGGGAACUGUUUUAAUUCACAAUGCUGAACAGCUAGAAAAUUAUGCAAAAACUGAAGAAGCCAAAGUCGAGGAGCUCAUUAAAGCAGUUGCUGACUCAGGUGCCAGGGUGGUUGUCAGUGGAGCUGCGGUUGGAGACAUGGCAUUACAUUUUUGUGAGCGCUACAAACUCAUGGUUCUAAAAGUUAGCUCAAAGUUUGAAUUGCGGAGGUUUUGCCAUACAACUGGUGCUGUAGCUCUUCUGAAACUUAGCCAACCAAAUCAUGACGAGCUGGGUUAUGCUGACUCUGUUUCAGUGGAAGAAAUUGGUGGCGUUCGGGUUACUAUUGUGAAAAAUGAAGAAGGUGGAAACUUGGUUUCUACCGUGGUCUUACGAGGUAGUACGGAUAGUAUAUUAGAUGACCUUGAAAGGGCUGUUGAUGAUGGUGUUAAUACAUACAAGGCAAUGUGCAGGGACAGUCGCACAGUUCCUGGGGCUGCUGCUACUGAGAUAGAGUUGGCAAGAAAGUUGAAAGAAUUUUCCUUUAAAGAGAUAGGGUUGGAUCAGUAUGCCAUUGCAAAAUUUGCGGAAAGCUUUGAAAUGGUACCUAAGACCCUGGCUGAGAACGCUGGGCUGAACACCAUGGAGAUUAUUUCUUCCUUGUAUGCUGAACAUGCUGCUGGAGACACCAAAGUCGGUAUUGACUUAGAAGAAGGUGUCUGCAAGGAUGUCUCAACCAUGAAUAUCUGGGACCUCUAUCUCACCAAAUUCUUUGCACUCAAAUAUGCUGCAGAUGCUGCUUGUACUGUUCUCCGGGUUGAUCAGAUUAUAAUGGCAAAACCAGCAGGUGGUCCAAAGAGAGCGCCACCGGCUGGGAUGGAUGAGGAUUAAUGAUGUGCAUAUGGGUUGACUAUGUAAUGGUUUUAUACUUUUAUGUAUUUUAGUAGGUGAGGACAGUAGCAAAUUUUGCUUCCCAUCCAGGGAAAUCUGGUAAAUGAGCAUCUUGACAAGCCAACCACUUGCAGUGUCGAUUUAUUCUUGACUCCCUUUGUCUGAUUUUUGCAGUUAUAUGUUUCACAUUACGAUGCUAGAUCUUCGAGGUUGGGAUAGUUCAUUCUUUAACACAUGCAGCAGUUUUGAAUGCGAAAUUAAGUGUUA